AUGACAACUGGAGUUCAGAAUCUUCCAUCACCAAACGAAUGGGGCUGGAACAAGAAAGUUGAUGGAGGGUGGGAACCUAGCUGGACAACUCUACCAGAAGCUUCAGAAGCUUUAUCUCCACAGAAACCGUCAGAGAAGACCUUCGACGAGCUGGUGAAGUUAGUACAGGAACACCAUCAGCCGCCGCCAUCUGUUACAGUUCAACGAUUCGCCUUUCACUCCCGUACGCGUAAGGAGGGAAAAUCUAUCGCCAACUUCGUUGCUCACCUUCGAGAACUUUUGGAACAUUGCCAGUUUGGUGACACACUCAACGAUAUGCUGAGAGAUCGCCUUAUCUGUGGAUGUUACAGUUGUGAAAGGAUCUGGACCAAGUCUCCUUGGAAGAGAUUGGUUACUCAAGAUAAAACUCAACUGGGAAAAAAACUGCACUUAAAUUAUUUACGACCUAAAGCCUUGAAAUUAGAGGAUGUUCUAAAUCGUCACAACGUGCUGUUCAAGGAUGAACUAGGUCUAGUACAAAGCACACAAGCAAAACUACAUGUUGACCCACAAAGUCAACCCAAAUACUUCAGACCAAGACCAAUUCCAUAUGCUCUACGAGGUAAAGUGGAACAAGAACUAGAAAGACUGGAGAAAGCUGGCAUCAUAGAGCCCGUAGAAUUUUCAGAAUGGGCUGCACCUGUUGUCCCAGUCAUCAAAUGGGAUGGAACUGUCAGAAUUUGUGGUGACUACAAGCUCACCGUAAACCAAGCCGCUAAGUUAGAUACUUACCCACUUCCCAAGGUUGACGAUCUCUUCUCUCAACUGGCUGGAGGGAAAAAGUUUACAAAACUUGACCUUGCACAUGCAUACCAACAGAUCGCUCUAGAACCUGACUCCAAGCAGUACUUAACCAUCAAUACUCACAAAGGAUUAUAUCAAUACACUCGUCUUCCCUUUGGAGUCCACUCAGCACCCAGCAAUCUUUCAACGGACAAUAGAAGGCAUUUUGAGAGGUGUCAAGAACGAGCUGUGCUGUCUCAUAUCAUGGAGGAUGGAUCAGAAAAGCCAGUAGCAUUUGCAUCACGUUCUCUCACUCCAGCUGAGAAGAGGUAUUCUCAGCUUGAUAAAGAAGCAUUAGCAAUUAUCUUCACUUGGAGUGAAGAACGUCAGCAAGAAUUCAACGUUGGGGCACUGGCCUUGAGCGCCUAUGAAUAUAACAUCGUCUAUAAAUCAGGAAAUUCAAACGCAAACGCUGACCUACUUAGCAGACUUCCCUUACCAGAAACUAUUGCAGAUGUUCCUAUCCCUGGUGAAUUGAUACUGCUCAUGGAAACCAUACAAUCGUCACCCAUAACGAGCACAAAAAUCAAGUCUUGGACGGAUAAAGACCCUAUAUUAGCUCGCGUACGAAAUUGUACACUAAAGGGGUGGACUAAAACGAGUGCUGAAGAUUUACGCCCAUUCUCCCAACGAAAAGAGGAGUUAAGUGUCCAAGAUGGUUGCAUACUUUUGGGUUGCCGAGUAGUAAUUCCAAAAGUAGGAAGAGAGAAGUUGCUUGAUCAGUUACACGAAACUCACCCUGGUAUUGUCAGGAUGAAGAGUCUGGCAAGAAGCACUGUCUGGUGGCCAGGAAUUGACAAGCAAAUAGAAGAGAAGGUGAAGAGCUGUCAACAAUGUCAGAGUAAUCAAAAAUCUCUAGCAGCAGUUCCAAUGCAUCCUUGGGAAUGGCCAAAAAGACCUUGGGCUCGUAUCCAUAUUGACCACGCGGGACCAUUUCAAGGUAAAAUAUUUUUAGUUGUUAUUGAUGCACAUUCAAAAUGGUUAGAGGUAGUUGUUGUACCAUCAACUUCAUCCAUUAAUACCAUCAGAGUUCUUAGGACUAUGUUUGCUACUCAUGGACUACCAGAAGUAGUUGUCACAGACAAUGGAACAGCCUUCACGAGUGGCGAGUUCCAAGAAUUCUUGAAGAAGAAUGGUAUACAACAUUUAAGAUCUGCACCGUAUCACCCAUCCAGCAAUGGUUUAGCUGAACGGGGAGUACAAAUUCUGAAAGAAGGAUUGAAAAAGAUUACAAAUGGAGAUAUUGAAACAAGACUUGCUCGACUAUUGUAUCAUUACAGGAUAACUCCCCACUCUACUACUGGUGUAUCACCAGCUGAACUUUAA